AUGAGGACGCGCCCGAGCGCCAGGCUUGCCUUUGCCUCUGCCUCUGCCUCUUCCACCGGCUGGAUCUGCAGAUCGUGUCGUGCCCAUGAGGCGCUGGUAGCGGAAUAUCUUCCCCCUGUGCCCAGCCUCGUCAAGACUCGAAAGUCUUCCACCACCACCAAGUCUACGUCUCUCCGGAGAGGAAAACUUCCUGACACACCCGCUCGAACACGAUUCGCGCCUUCACCCACAGGCAACCUCCAUCUCGGAUCGAUCCGUACAGCUCUCUUCAACUACCUCCUUGCGCGAGCCACCAAGGGCCAGUUCCUCCUCCGCAUCGAAGACACCGACGCAAAGCGGACAGUGCCCGGCGCAGAAGAGAGACUCUACGAAGAUCUGACAUGGGCAGGUCUGCACUGGGACGAAGGGCCCAUCGUGGGCGGCCCAUACGGCCCCUACCGACAGUCCGAACGGAUACCCACAUACAAAAAGCACAUUGAGAAGCUGCUGACCAGCGGCCGAGCGUAUCGAUGUUUCUGUUCCUCCGAACGAAUCGACGAACUCAACCGCCGUCGACACGACAAAGGACUCAAGCUGGGUUACGACCGGAAAUGCACCCAUCUCUCGACUGCGGAAGCCGAAGAACGAGCGUCUCGCGGUGACCAGCAUGUGAUCCGGUUCCGCUCACCGGAGACAUGGCCACGAUACAACGACCUUGUCUACGGCCGGAGCGGACACGGCGCAGAGAAGACGAAGAAGCUACUGGCCGAUGAACCGGUCUACGAAGACACGAUACUGAUUAAGUCCGACGGCUUCCCGACAUAUCACUGGGCGAAUGUGUGCGACGACCACGAAAUGCACAUCACCCAUGUCGUGCGUGGCUCGGAAUGGAUGGCUUCGACACCACUUCACGUGGCACUGUAUGAGUCCCUGGGCUGGACCGUGCCUCUUUUCGCCCAUGUCCCGCUCCUCGUGGACCAGAACCGGCAAAAACUAAGUAAACGCAACUUCGACUCGGACAUCUCGGGUUUUCGCGCAAAGGGCAUCUUCCCUGACGCGCUGGUCAACUUCGCAGCCUUACUGGGCUGGUCGCACACGCAGAAGAACGAUGUGCUCGAUCUGCCCCAGCUCGAGCGCCUCUUCGACUUGAAGAUCACCAAGGGCAACACCAUCGUCUCCUUCGACAAGCUGCAAUACCUCCAAAUCAAGCAUGCUCGACGCAGGGUCGAAGCCGGGGGCGAGCCGUUCGAGCAGAUGAUCCGCGACGUGGCUGUCGCUGUUUUGCACCGGUACGGCGCCGCGCGCGUCAUGCAGGUUCUGGCCAAACGUCCUCUCCGCGACGUGCUCGCGACGAUCUUGAGAGUCGGGUCUCUGCCAUACCGAUCCGCCGUGGAUUUCGCAGAACAGUGCUCCAUAUUCUUCGAGCCUGCGUCUCCUCCGACAGUGGAACAGCUGGAACAUGCAGCGAUCGAUCCUGCACAUCUGCAUUAUCUGCGUGUUGCAGCGUCUACACUGUGUCUUGUUCCCGAGUCCGACUGGACUGAGGCCGUCCACCACUCACAGCUGCGCAUGCUGGAACAAGUCCCCGAUGAGAGUGUUCAAGACGCAGCGAAAUGGAAGCGCGAUCUCUACCAUUACCUGCGUUGGGCCUUGAUCGGUGGAGAAAGUGGCCCCGGGGUCGCUGUGACCCUGGAGAUUCUCGGUCGCGAUGCAUCGAUCGAUAAGAUUCAGGCUGCGAAUCGGAUGUCGCAAGAGUAUGAGAUGGACAAGACCAAGCCUGUCAUUGAGGCACAGGCGUUCAAGGGCACCGUCGACGGCAAGAGACGACUCGACAAGGAGUGGAAGGGGUAUACCUUUUAA